UUCUUAUUCAGAGAAAUUGUUAUGGAUGCAUUGUCGAAUGUUUUAAACAAGCAAAGUUAUUUACUUGCUUUUCCUGGCGAUGCAGUGCAUCAGAACGAGCUUGUAACAUUUCAAUUGAUUCAUAGUUUGCCCGACAAGCAAGCACGCUGCUUUAAAAAGCUGACCUUGGAAUUUCUCGAGACUUGCCAGCAACCACAUGAAGUAGAAAAAUAUGCUCAGCGGUCGCGUGCACUGAGGGAGCAAGGCAAUCGAAUAUUUAACGACAAGACAACCAAUCCGCUGGCAAGUCAGUCUGAGCGCUUGCUUGGAGCAUGUGAACUCUACACCAAGGCUAUACUGGAAGCAGAAAAUGCAUUCGAGGAGCUAUGCCUGGGUUAUGCCAAUCGUGGCAUGGCUCUUCAGGAGUUUGGAUAUUACCAGCAGGCAUAUGAUGACUGCGCCUCUGCUUUGGAGUUUGGUUACCCAAAAAAGAAUCAGCACAAACUUAUUAUGCGUCAGGCCUUUUGUGCCUCGAAGAUGGGAGACUUUGAAAAUCUGGCGGAGCACAUCAACUUCCUGGAUGAAAUGAAGCUUAAUGAGAGCUUUUCUCAGCAGCUGGAGCAACUUAAGAAAGAGGUGCCAUCAAAGCAAAGCAACCCAGCUUUAAACAAAGCACAGACAACAAGUGAUACAAUAAUCAAGAAGCACAAAGUCGUUAAAGGUGUUGGUAUAAGAGGACGUUACCUAGUUGCCACCGAGAGCAUUAUGAAAGGAGAGCUUUUAAUUAAGGAACCUGCUCUCUGUUUUGUGCCCACAUCGGAAAUACAGAUUUGCCAGCAGUGCGCAUGCACUUUGAUGUGUACACCCAUACCAUGUCCGCUAUGCCAUCAACGUACCGUUUACUGCUCCCGGCGAUGUCGUCAGUUACAUGCUGACAUACAUCGCUUUGAAUGCGCCGCCUACAAGAUGGGGCUUGUGGAAAUCCUGGGUGUUUCGUAUCUGGCCUUGCGCUUGGUUAUUGUAAAUAUGCCCCAGUGGCUGGGCCAUUUGGCCAAGCGUGCCAACGCCAAUACGCAACAGCUGUGGGAGAGUCUUAUGGAAAUGACUGACGAAGAGCAAGACCCUCAGUGGAUGCACAUGAGUAUGACCUCGCACUUAAACAAACUGCCUGCAACGGAUUCUAUUCGCACUUACCACACGCUCUGUGCAAACUUACUACAAACGCUUCUCUACAAGAGCACAAAUUUCUAUGAUCAGUUGCUGGACUGCACCAGUGCCUCCGCAGAAGACUGGCAUGUCGUUCUUGGAGCUUUAAUUCUACGCAGUGCAGGCCAGUUGCUUGUCAAUGCCUGCGCAGUUCCUGUUGUGAUGCCAGAUCUCGAGAGGAGCGAGUUUGCGAUGCUGCAGACGACGCUAUGGACGCGGCCUUAUCACCUGAAAAGAGGCGCUCUCCAUAAGUUUGAGAAGCUCAUUGUUGCCAUGUGCAUGAACUUGCCAAAUCUAAGUAUGGCCAAUCACGCCUGCACGUCAUCCAUAUGCAUUAAAUAUGAUGGACCCGCCGUGAGUUGUUACGCCAUGCAUGAUAUUAAAGAGGGAGAGGAGAUCUUCAAUUGUUACACCGUAGACUGCAGGAACACAAUGUUGUGCGAGCGCGAGAAGGAGUUGAAGAAGAACUAUAAUUUUCGCUGUCGCUGCACAAAGUGCUUGCGUGUGCAGCCCGAUGAGGAUUAUUUGACUUUUCAUCGUUACCGUUGCCGGAAUCCGCGUUGCUUUAGCACGUAUGUGCCCAAGCAAACUCCCAAAAUGGAGAACUUGUGUUGGUGGCUUAGUGAAGAGGCCACAAUGUCUCUUUAUUGCACGGUAUGCGGCGAGUUACAGUCUCUUUAUGAAUACAAUCAGUUUCUGGAUCUGAUAGAUCGCUGCAAAGAAAUUCAGAUUCGUCGACAACUAUAUAAAAUCUUCAACGAGCUGAACUAUCUUCUGGCCUACAAUAGUUUGAAAUUGAGUAUUGCCAAGGAGAUCGUCAAGUCAUGCUUUGCAGCUCAGGAUGACGGCUCCAUGUUGGAUGAUACGGACUAUAGACAGCUUUUGGGUAUUAUCAAAUAUCUACUAAAUGGCACAGCAGUGCAGUGGGGAUGCUACUCCACCGUUUAUACAAGCAAGCUGACCUAUCUAUGGGACUGCAUUGCCUUGGGCAAAUAUAAAUGUGGCAUGGAGGAAAUGCAAUCUAUGUUGGCUGCAGUCGAAUAUCUUCGGGAAGAGACCAAAACAGUAUUUAUCAACUAUUACAAGGAUUACAUUGAAGCGCACUAUACCUAAAUAUAUUACUAUUAUACUUUGAGCUGUUAAGUAGAUUUGAAUUUCUU